UCUUUUCUUAUGUUGGUUUAACGACUAUGUGAGUGAAACGAAGACACAUUAUACACAAAUACAGUGAUAACAUUUAGAAGAGGGGUACAUGGUGGUAUGUAAACUAUAAAUACAACGGAGCAAUUGAGGAAGGACACCCUCAAAGAAAACCCAAUUCCAGUAAUUGACUUCUCGAAGCUUGGGUUGAACGUUUCUCAAAACGCCUGCGAUGAGGAUUCGUUAAAAACGGUCGGUAGUCAGAUUCGAGAUGCCUUUAGCAAAUCCGGAUUUUGUUAUUUAACAAACUAUGGUAUUCAGCAAACGGAGAUUGAUCACUUCAUGGAAGUAUCGAAGCAAUUCUUCUACCAAACAACGGAAGAAAAAAAUAAAUGUGUUCGCGGCACGGAGCGAAAUUUCGGAUGGGUGGCCGUCGAGCGCGAACAUUUGAAUCCAGAGAGACCGGGUGACUUAAAAGAGGCGUUUAAUUACUGUCCCUCGGAUGACCUAAACAACUGGCCAACACCCGAGUUUUAAAAUGCGUGUCAAGACAUGUUUAGAAAGUGCACCGAGCUUUCUUUACGUGUUUUGGAUGCUUUGUCUGUCGGAAUGAAUCUAGAUAAAAGCCAUAUGCGAGUCGCGCAUGAAUGUAUUGGUAUGGGAAACAAUGCAACCACACUUCGAAGUUUAUAUUACCCCCCUUUGACGCCAGAGUCGCCUAUAAAACCUGGCCAGAUUCGUUUGGGCGAACACUCCGACUAUGGUACGAUCACGCUCCUUUUUCAAGAUGAAAUAGGGGGUCUGGAGGUAGAAAUUCCGGGACACGGGUUUGUCCCCGUCACGCCCAUACCCGAAACAGUCGUUGUAAACAUCGGCGAUCUGAUGCAAAGGUGGACGUCUGACGCGUUGGUUGCUACCAAGCACCGAGUCCUCAUACCGGAAGUAGAAUUAAAGAAACAGUUACACAGGCAGUCGGUUGCGUUCUUUGUUCACCCGUAUGACGAAUUUCUCAUAAAAUGUAUUGACGGCUCCGACAAGUAUGAACCAGUUACGAGCGGCGACUAUCUUAAGCAACGAUUUGGCGUCACGUACUAAGCGGUGCUUGUUUUUAUGACUAACUCAACACUGCCCUGUAUAUCGUCACACAAUUUGAUACAUUACUUUCUGAUAUAUUUAGAUUUCAAUUAUAUAAAAAAAAAAUCAUGCAAUUUGUAAAUUUGAUUUUGUUUAAAUUUUAUGUCCGGUUAUUAGCUCCUAUACCUUUUAAAGGAUGGUCUUGAAAUUUGGUUAGUAACUUUCAGAUUAUUGAGGUGAUGUGCAGAAGGUUUUGGUCAGUCACGCCGCCUUAAGGUCAAUGUCACUAUUUUCAAACGUUCGUGCAUAAAUAUGCAUGCACGCUACCCGCUUCCAAGAUUUUCAUUUAGCUUGCAUAGUAUGUUAAAAAGACCUUUUGGCGAAUCGACAAAAUUGAAAACAAAUGUUUCAGAUAUGCGAAUUCUCGUUUUAUUUAGGGAUCUUUGUGAGGAAACAGUAAUACUGAACAUUUACCAUGCUCUAAAAUAUCCAUAAUAUGCAUCUUUAAACGAUUUAAAAACCUGAAAAGUAUAAAGUGUUACAAACGCGAAACGAUUGAAUAAUUUGGAUAGUUCAAUUGUUAUGGUUAUAUUUUGUGACAUUACGAAGAUUAAUUAUAUAAAGUAUAAAAUACACGAAUCACAAUGUCAAAAACGGCCGGCCGAGUGGUGUUAGUGUUAGACUUUUACUCCAAUAAUCAGUGGUUCAAGCCUAGUUGAGGUUUA